AUGUCGUUCUUCAAGGAGCUCACGAAGGAGUUCAAGGAGCUCAAGGCUUCGCUUUCUGGGGAUGGAGAUAAGGAUAAGGACAAGAAGGAGGAGAAGAAGGAUGAGCAUGCACCCGAAGGCGAGGGGACACGCGCCUACGACCCAUCCCACGACUCCGGCUACGGCUCCAACCCAAACUACGGAGCUCCAGCCUACCACGACCCAUCGCCGGCCCCGAGCCCCUACGGCGGCCCUCCACCCCCUGCAGUGAGCAGCCCGCCCGCCGGACCACCGGGCGCACCGCCCCUGCCCCCCGGCUGGGUCGCGCAGUUCGACCACAACAGCCAGCGCUGGUACUACAUCGAGCAGGCAACCGGUAUUUCCCGGUGGGAGCCGCCUGCGUACACGGCGCCGUACGGGCAGUACGGGCAGUCCCAGGUCCCGCAGUAUGGUGGGGCGCCGGUUUAUCCGCCUGGUCAGUACCCUGGACCGCAUGGGGGUCAAGACCAGGGGUACUAUGGCGGCCAGGACCGCGGGUACCCAUCUCAAGGUGGGUAUCCGCCGCAGGGAGGGUAUCCGCCUGGACCGGGGUAUGACUACUCGCAUGGAGCUGGAGGAGAGCAAUACAGUGGUGAGAAGGCGGCCAAGGAUAAGAGCAAGGAUGACAAGAAAAACAUGCUUCUUGCGGGCGCUGGAGGACUCGCACUUGGUGCGGUUGGAGGCGCACUGAUCGCCGAUGCUCUUGACGAUUCCGACGACGAAACCCGCGCCGCCGCGGCCGCCGCAUCCGGAGGCGCAACGGCACCACCACCGGUCGUCGCACCACCACCCGAUGGUCUGCCCCCCGACGAGACGGCAGACGGUGACUCCGUCUCCUCCAGCGACCGCGAGGACGUCCUUGAGGCUCGCCAGGAGUACGAGCAGGCGCAGCUAGCCGCCCAGGACUCCGACGCAUCGAGUAGCGAAGAAGAGGCGCUUGAGGAGGCGAGGGAGGAGUACGAGGAGAUUUAUGAGGAGACGUAUGAUGAUUAG